AUGAUCAUUUUGACUGUUAUCAUGGUUGGCUACGCAGUGGCCGCUCAGUCCAUCGCCUAUCCGAACGGAUACUAUACCAGCGAAAAUAUGGUAAUCAAUGGCACAGUCCAGGGGAUGCAAUUCAUUGACACCAUUUUUGCAAUGUACACCACAGCCUACUUCCAAAUGUUUGGUGACUUUAGUUUGGACGCUCUGCAGGGUGAAGGUACGUACACCACCAUAUUCAGCAUAAAAUUUCAUGAUCGCAUACGAAAGUGUGCUGUUACCCCCAUUGUCUUGGUUGGUUUUUAA